AAUGCGACACGCAUAUCCAACAUGGCGGUCUUCUUCUGGUGAAGAAUUAUCUUUUCACAUGUAAAUACAAGCACCUAAGCAUCAGUUAUUGGGAGUUUUGCCGACGUGGUGACUUGAAAACGCUACAUUUGCUUUGUAUCUGGUGAAUUAUGCGCUACUGGAGAUCAAACUUAACGUGUUAAUUCGCAAGUACCGCGUUAUAGCUGUGUGUAACUUCUGGUCGUCUGUUGUUGGAUAUCGAACACGAACAAGUCCUUUGUUAGCUUAAUGUCACGUUGUGUAUUUCUUCGAGCUUUGGCUCGGACACUUUAUUAGCAAGGCAACACAUUUUCAUGGAUUAUAAUGAGUAGUAAGUCAGGCGAGAGUGAACAAGUUAUCGAUGGACCCAAGUGCAUUGAAAUUCCACGAGGCUGGAGUCGCAUCUCAGAAAACGGUUCCAUUUUAUACAUCAGGUAAGAUUUCGUUUCCAUCUCAGAAAUUUUAUUUUUUUUGACAUUGAUACGACAUUCUAAGUAAAGUAAGACUAAUUUCAAGCGACUAGGGUCAAAUAAUUGAGUACUUUUUAGGCAUUAUUUGUGUAGGAAUCCUUUAUUAUUUAAAAUUAACUUCGAACUUAUGACCUUCAUUUUCUAAUUUGCAUUCGUCCAAUGUCGAGAUAAAUUUACACAUACUCAUUUCUAAUAUCGUGAGCAUUUUCUGUCGUUUCGUCGCUUGCCGUUGGUGGCUCAUAGCUCAAACGUUUGGUCUAUUUCCGUUUUCGUUUUAUACUUCGCCUGGUUAGAACUAGCUGUUCAUUUUUAUGGUUUUAUGAGGUUUCCAGAUGUUGUGUUACAUUUUUUUAGCAGAUCUCUUGGGCCCGGGUUACUCGAAACAUUUGUAUCAGAUUACACAUCGCUGUAAAUUUAUGAUUGCGGCACAUUAAGUAGUGGCAAACCUUUGUCAUCUGGGAAACUGUCAAAAUUUUGCCCAUAUAUUUCCUCAAAAUUCAUGUUACAUGCAUGUCAUUGUUUAUUUCUUGAUGAUGGAAGAUUGAGGCAGAGAAAUCUUGUUUGAAUGCUGGUUACUCCUGAUCCAGGAAGGAAUUGUUUUCUGGGAUUUUGUUCCUCUAGUUGAAAACCAUUCAAGUAUCUCCUAGACCACAAGAUGAUAAAAUUAUAUGUUACUCUACAGUGCUCCAGACAUGGUUCCCAGAUGUUAAAUAUUGGUCCCCAGAAAGAAAAAAGACACUUUGUGCAAUAUUAUGUAAGGAGUUGAGCAAAAGUAAUUGAAAUAGGUGCCCAAAAAGGAAUUUUGAACAAGUUAUUUUUCCUCAAAGAAAUUUCAGUUUAUUAUUUUUAGUUUUUUUUUCUUUGGCCACUAUUUGAGCGUGCUAGGAAAGGGUUAGCCAGUCAUUUUAGAGCAUCUACCGAUCAAGUUCAAGAGGUUCCCUUGUCUGCACCUGGCUUGUUGUGUUGUCACUAAAAUGCUUGCAGGUACAGAUCUUAAGUUGGAACCCAGGCCAGGUUUCUUGAAAGAUGGUCGACUUAAACCCAUGGUUGAGAAAAAUGUUAAACAAAAUUAAUUUUCUUUUCUAGGAUCAUGUCACUGGAACUUAUGAUACAGUUUAAAACCUUUUCUCAGAGGUCUUUGCCUGUUAUGUUAACAUAAAAUGACAGUCCAAAAUGGUCACAAUAAACUGUAAAGCGAAUCCAGGGUUACACUUUUAACCAUGAGAUACUAACCAGCAUCUGAGCUACUGGUCUCAGGUUGUUUAAGCCUUUCACGCCUGAUAAUCACCAAAGUAUAAAUUCACCAAAACAUUUAAAAUUGUUUUUUGUAAAAAUAUCCUAAGAAAAGUAGUUCUAUGCAUAUGUUCUGCCAGAGGGGAUUCAUUUGGAUGGUAACACUUUCGGAUUUUGUUGAUAUUGAUUUUUAUGCAGAGUGAAAUAGUGCUUUUCCUGGUUUCUUGGCUUUUUUAGGAUCUGGCUUCAGACUAAUAGAACAAUUUGGGUCAUAGCAAUUUGGCCUUUUUCACACCCCCUCAUCUCUGUUAUAACUGAGUAAUGCCACCCUCCUCCCCCCCCCCAUCCCACACACACCCCUCCUGGGCCUAUUCUGCUAACUGAAAAACUUAGAAAUAUUUGAUUUCCGUUUCAGUCCAAACAACAGUCGUCUCAGAUCUCUGGACCAUGUGAUUGAGUAUCUGAAAACAGAAGGCACUUGUAAAUGUGGACUGGAUUGCCCACUCUUUGUUCACAAAGUUUUUAACUUUGAUGCGAGAAUACCUAGCAAGCCAACUCCUGUUGGUUCCACACCACAACCCUCAAAGUCAGGAUGUAAACACUGUCUUACAGACCAUAUAGAUACUGGUAACCUCAAGAAAGCUGCAGAGUUAGCAACAACGCAAUCUAAUGAUGGCAAGUUGCCUUCAGGCUCAACUUUGGGGCCGAAAAGAGGUGAAUUGUAGUUGUAAUUUAAUGGUAUUUUAACAACACGUGCACACAUGAUGUACCUUGUUGAUUGUUUGUAAAAUCCAUUUAUGACUUGUCAGGCCACCUGAUAGGAUUGGAUGAAUAAUCAGAAAUUAUGUGGUAUUUUAAGGGCAGAUUGUGCAAUAGGAAAGGUCUCUGGUGCAAUUUGUUUUACGAAUUAUGGGAUUUUCCUCAAAACUGGGCAAUCAGAUGUCAUUUAAGGCUAUUUGUGAAGAAAACACAAAAGAUUUAGUGAUGUUUAAUGAGUGUCUGUAAAUCUACAGUUUCAUGGGCCAAAAUAGUCACAAACCUUAGGAUUAUUGGUGAUAAAGAAGAAUGAUCAUCAGUGAAUGAGAAAGAUUUAAUUGCAAGUGUGUUUAUGAAUCUUUUAAGAUUACUCGAAGAAUGAACAAAAUGCAGGAAAUCUUAAUGCAAAGUAAAUCAUUCUUACCUGAUGAUAUAAGCCCAUAAAAUCUCUUGCCCUUGGCUCAAGAUAAAACACUGUUGCUCAUGUUACAAACAUGACUUAAACACUUAUACGGGAAAGUACUGCUCAGUAGCUUUCAUUUGAAUGUUCACACCUUGGGAUUCCAUCCACAGACUCUAAAAUUAGAACCACAAUGUAUGGCAUAAUAAACAGUACCACAGGAAAGUACUGCUCAGUAGCUUUCCUUUGAAUGGUCAAACUAUAAGAUUUCAUCCAAUGAUGCAAGUUAAUUUUGGAAAUAAUUCACUACUGUUUUAAAGUUUUGUUCUCACCUUGUCUUCCUCAAAGGCUUUCUCAGUACUACAGGAAAGUACUGCUCAGUAGCUUUUUUUUGAAUGGCAACUCAUUAGAAUUUUAUCCCCAGAUGUACAUAACAACAUUGACGACAACAACAGUCUUUAUUGUACUAGAAGUAACAUAUACUUUGAAAAUAGAACUAAAAACAACUAUUUAAAGCAUAAUUAAUGUUACCGGCUGCCUGAAAGGUAGAAAAAGACCAGACAGCCAUCUACUUACACUGUACUAUUGUACCUUUGCGGAAGUGUGCUGGGUCUUUUCAACUGAAUGGUAAAAGUUAAAACAUUGGAUGUUAACAUUGCAUGUUACCCACGUACCCAAAUUUCGCCUACAAAGUUUUUAAUGGUGGUUUGUUACUUUUCAGGCCCAGGGAGACCUCGAAAUGCUUUGUCAAAGCCAAGGAGGGUUGCUGUUUCUAAAUCAGACCUUGAUCGACCUACAUCACCUCUGCACAACAUUCCCUUGCCUGUUCCAAGUUCCGUGCUCAACAGUCCUGUCCAAAGUGUACCGACCAACAUUACUGUUGAGCAAGGACCUCUUCCCAGCUUUGCAACAAUAGUGAGCAGUUCUAAACUCUUCAACCCCAGCGCUGGAACAUUGGGCCUGGGUAGUUCCGUGUUGGGUACAGCUAGCACCGCUGUGACAAGUGCUGCAAGUAGUACACCAUUAACAGCAGCAUCCCUCCAGUCAUCAAAACCAAGUGUGGUAGUAAGCAGUGUGGCAACUAGUUCUUCUUUCACCAUCCCAGUAGUAGCAGGAUCAACAGGCAUGGCCACCAUGCAGGCUUCGAAAUCAUCAGGUUCUGGGACUGAGACUGUUGGUUCUCAAAACACUUUGGUGGUAACAGCGCAGUUACCUGCCAAAAAGCCAUCAGAGGCUACCUUGGUGAAGUCUUCUGUUUCACCAAGCUCUGGUGCAAGAAGCAGUUCAUUGACAGUGGUGGCACCAAGCGGCAAGGCCCCAAGUAAGGCGACAGUUGUGUCAAGUUCUUUAACAGUGGUUGUAACAACAAGCAGCACGCCUAUACCAGCCACUGAACAAGGUGCGAGACCGGUCAGCAAUGCCAACAAGUUUCCUGAUGUCAAAUCAACUCCUAAGCUUGCUGCUCCUCGUGGCAACAAGCCAGCAAAAUCUUACAGCGGCAGGAAAACAGUUGCAGCAACUCUCAAAGCAGCUGCUGCUUCAAAAUCAUCUAUGCCGUCAGGGGUAGCAAAGACAGGAUUUAUUAACACUUCUCAGAGACUGCAAGCUGUGGCUAGUACUGCCACUGUUUCGUCCGUGGAGUCAACUACAACUAAAAUUGUUGGUAAGCUAUCGACACCUACAUGUUCACCGAGCACUACAGUUGUUCCAGCAUUGUUUCAUAGUGUCCUGAAAGAUGCAAUCAAAAAGGACCAGGGUCCAGUAAAUCGUGUUGUUUCAUCUCCAAGCACAAACACUUCCACGUCUGGAACGGGUCACGCAGUAACAAGCCACAGCUCAAAGACUUCGCAACAGGCAGCCGCUUCCUCUCGAAGCAAGACUGUGGCUUCCAAAGAAAUGGCCAAAGUUGCGACAGCAGUGGUACAAGGUGUUGCCCCAAUUCAUGUUCCACCAGCUGUCCCUCAACAUGGUCCAUCUAACAGGUCGCAAUCAGCAGGGACAGGAUAUCCACUUGUGAACGCGGGGAGCAGUUUUUAUAGCCCAACUUCCAUUUCCAGCAGCACUAGCCAGCCACCAAUUGUCCAGACAUCCAUCAUGGCUCAGGCUACAGCUCAUAUACCACCAUCGUCAGCUAAUGUUUAUGGGCAAGUGCCAAAUACAUCUGUGGCUUCACAAAUUCCGUCAUUGCAGCUUGCGUCUUCUCAGGGACAGGGUGGCGUGUUCUUCCAAGGGAAUGGAGGCCAAGUAUUGCAGAUGAAUGUGGAUUCUAGCCAGUUAAAAGGGCCAUAUCAACUUCACGGUGCACUUUAUCAAGGUGCCAUCCCCGCAACGUUUCUGGCUACAACUAAUGCUGGCAAGCCUGUGUCAUCAAAUGCUCCUGGAACCGCCUUGUAUCCAACAAACCCCUACAUGCUGGGUAUUGUGAUGCCUACGGCAAUAACACAGGCUAACCAGGCAGCCCAGUCUGUACCGACGACAGCAACAUCUCCAUCAGCAACAGCUGCGCCAGUCGCGUCGUACCCCUACGGUAAUCAAAAUGCAGCAAUCGCAGCCGCGUAUGAGUCAUUUGUACCCAUCGCGCCAGCUGCAUCUCCGAGAUUUUCCCAGACUUUGGCACAUUUGGCGAGUGCUUACACGCAGUUUUUACCAAGAGGGGCUGUUCAAGGAGGCACUCCAGUGCAGUUUGCUGCCCAACGGAUGGUUCCAAUGAGCUCCUUGCACUCUCAAGCCAGCGGAAACGGUCAGUUAGGGCCAGCUUUGUUAAACAUUGCCGACUACUCUGUUAAGUAUCCAAUCAAUACAGUAAAACCAAGUUCAUACGCUUCUCAAGCAUCGACGAUAAGUAACAUUGGAUCGGCAAACACGCAUCCUCAGACAGCUGUCGUGGCUGCUAUGCCUUAUGUUGCAUUUGGCCAAAUCGGCAGCCCUCGUUUCCCAUUCUCUGUAAACUUCGCGAAUCCUGGUACGAGUUCAAAUCCUUCUUCCACGUCAUCUACGACAUCAACGUCUAGUAGUCUCGUUUCUUCAGUCACCACAACCCAUCAGCAUAGCUCUGGGACAAAUGUCGAUUCCCAGGGAGGAGGGACUGUUCAGGGUUAUGUUCCGAUGCUAGUACCAUUUGGGACCAAUCCCAGUGUGGCGGGUCACUCCCAGAGCACUUCGAAGGCCCACCCUGAUAGUGCCUUUUCGCCACCCUCAAGUCGAUCCAGUGCAAGUCACAAUAGUCAACGACUGGAUGCAUCAGGGGUCACUCACGGCUCGGUGCCAUCGUGGUGUAGUGGAGCCAAAAGUACAUCUGCGGCAGCAACCAGUCAAAGAAGGUGCAGCACUCCAGAUAACAGCAGCAUCCGUAGCAGUAGUAGCCUGAGCACCAGCAGCAGCAGCAGUAGCCUUAGUAACAGCGGUAGCAACAGCAACAGCAAUAGCUGUAGUGCUACAAAUUCAGGAACCUCGGUAUCUCUCACAACUAGCAAAACCAGCUGUGCAGAGUCAAAUUCGUCAGGAAUAACAUCAAGAACAUCUAGUUCAAACUGCAUUCAGUCACCUAGGCACCCAGGCGUGUCAUCGCCAUUAAAUUCGCCAUUACCCCCGCUCAAUCAGUCGCCCUCUGGCUGCCGAGGAUCUCCAAUAUCAGACUCGCCACUUGUGAGUAAUAGGAGCAGCGUGGAGGCAUUACCCUCUGGAAUUCAAACAACGAAUACUUCAGAAUGCCAUCCACCAUCAAACACUCCAUCUUCUGAAAUGUCGUGUACCCUGAAACGACCUUACAGUGAAAGUAACGAUCCAGCCAAAAAGUCAAAAUUUGAUGAAACGGCGUAUUACGAAGCUAAUCCCCUUCUGGGGCUCAAGAGGUCUUGUGAGGCCAUAGAAGCCUAUUGCAGUCCAGAGCGUAAGGAGGACCACGGGGGCGAUGAUGACGACGAGGAUGAUGACGAUGAAGAGGAUUCUGCGGUUCCAAAAAACGAGCGAUCUUCCCCUGUAAACCAUCAAACAGGGGAAGAAAAUGCAAACAGAAAAACGGGUAGCAACUAUAACAACUGUGAUCACGAUGAUGAAUGCAGAAGAGGUAAGAGAGAAUUUUGAUGACCCCCUUUAGAUUUCAAGUUCAAGUUCAACUUUAAUGCAAUCAAAAAAUCGCAUACUAUGAAAUACUACCACCCGGAGACUUGCGUCGUUUGCCAAACUUGAGGAUCUCGAAAGUAAGAAACUUCAUUAACAGUAUAAAAGAAGAUAAAAAGUACUGCUCAGAAGUUUGACUUGAAUGGUCACACUUUAGGAUUUCAUCCACAGACUCAAAAGUUAGAACCACCUUGUACAGCGUAAUAAACAGUACCACAGGAACGUACUGCUCGGUAGCUUUCAUUUGAAUGGUCACACUUUAGGAUUUCAUCCACAGACUCAAAAGUUAGAACCACCUUGUACAGCUUAAUAAACAGUGCCACAGGAACGUACUGCUCAGUAGCUUUCAUUUGAAUGGUCACACUUUAGGAUAUCAUCCACAAACAUUUACUUAUCGCUGCAUCACAGAAAGCUUGUGUGGAUAGCUUUACUAAACGCACUGCUCCAUAGAUGUCAUUAAAUUGGUCUCCUUCUUGUAUUUUAUAUUAAGAUCCAGUAGCUUUAACUACUUAACCCUUUAAGUCCCAAUAGUGACCAACAUCAAUUUUCUCCUAACAAUAUCCAUACAAUGUCAAGAGAUUAGGUUAUGAGAAUUAACAAAAUGAUCACCUAAGAGAAAAUGCUUUGAUCUUUUAUCAAAUUCUCUCAACUCAUUUAUGAAGGAAAUGUAUGGAGAUCAGUUUGGAGAAUUUGUAUGUGGAUAUUGGGGCUUAAAGGGUUAAACGUUGGGCGCAACUUGCACAUUUUCAGGAAAAUCUAACUCUGGAGAAGACCAAUCAAAUUCAGCUGGGAUGAAGCCAAUAAGCGAUAAGCACCAGACUCACUCGACUUAUAACGGAGAUGUCUCAGCCAAUGAAAAUCAAGGACUGCUUGGUAAGAAACUGGUAUCUUAUCUCUGUGAGGUGAAAAGAUUGCCCUUGCUUAAAAUUUGGCACUCUGCAAGUUGGUAACGAGGGAACACAAAAGAAUUAAAGCUCAACGGACAUAACAAUUAGUGGCUAAAAAGCUGAAAAUUGUUAGGGUUUUGGAACUCAGAAAUUAAUUUUUUUUUCCUAGAGGAAUGAAGGGAAUAUUUUCAGUGGUUUACAGGAAGUAAUAUGUAGCGAAUUUGCUGCGAAGUAGGACGAAGCGAAUUUGACAUGUAGCGAAACCGGUUGUUACCUUCCCAACGCCCAUCAAAUGUCGAUGGGUUUAAUGAACUGUAAAGCACUUUCAUCGUUAUAUUUCGUCAAUUUAUCUCCAACCACUUUUUUUUGUUAUUUGUGAAGAGCAAUUUAUCCCAGUAGCUGUAUUUGUCAAUAGGCUGAUUUAGCAACAGAACGGGAACGUCAGUUGACGACUGCGCACGCAAAUCAACCAACUGGCUUGACCAAUCGCAGAGCGGCAAAUACGGAACCGGAAGUAGCGUUUAGUCCUUUCCGCGCGCUUUCCCGUCGUCAACUGGAGUUCCGGUUCUGUUGCUAAAUCAGCCUAAUAGUGGGUUCAAUUUAGGUUUCUGGGAAACUGCUCACCUACCCCUCCCUUAAGCCAUCAUUUUGCCCAAAGCGAAAAGUAAGUGUUAACAUUAGCUUAGGGGAGGGGUAGGUGGGCAGUUUUCCAGAAACCUAAAUUGAUUACAAUGGCGCUUACCGUUUACACAAACCAACCUGGAAAUGGAAAGCGAAAUCUUGUUCAUAAACAGAAAACUAUAAAAUUGACGUGGUAAGAGAACGAACCACUACAAAGUAUGUCCAAAACAGUUCAACAGACUAAAAAAAGUGGCAAAAUUGUAUGGUCUCUAAUCACAGUCCGUUCCCAUACCUAAUGGCGCCAACCAUUUGAUUUUUCAACUGGAAUUUCCAGUUUUCCCAAGUCGAUGGUAAGUGCCCUUCAAAGGGAAUAGUUUCUUUCUUUUUCACCCGUUAGGUUGAUCAUGUGACUACGAGUAUCAACCGCUUUGACUAGAAAUUUUGAAGUUAACGCAAAGUUGUUUUUUCCUUCCCUCCUUUAUCGAUGUUUUUUGAGCUUCUAUCAAAAACAAAGCUCUAGGAACGUCCAGAAGCGUCUCUGAGUAUUUUCGAAAACUUCCCGUUUUAUCCUUGAAGCUAGAAAUGCUUAAUUCCCCAUGGAAACGCUAAAAUCUUUUAAUAUCACAGGCAUACAAUUGAGGGAAAUGUGAAGUGUACGGGAUACAUUGACGAUGUCUUUAAGAAUGACGCAAAAAAAAAGUUGUUAUCCCCCCAAAAUGUGAUCGAAAGGUUACCAAUCGACAAGUUACCGUGGGUGCCAGAGACUUAUGCGCAGUUUCCGGUCCCGGUCAAGUCGAGCUGUGGCCUUCGGCCAAAGACGCGUUGGCAUGCGGCCUUACCCGAAGCAUCUCCGUCGCACGGGAGAAAAGAAAAAAACACUGGUAACCAUGGUAUCGACAUGAGUGAGCUCACGAAAAUGAAGUGACUGCAUACGCUGAAAGUGGCGCGGUCUCGGAAGUGUUCACACAACUUAAAACUUGCUGCCGACAUUAGGGAGCUUAAGGAAAGGCGCUUUUGACCGGAAGUGAGCCUUUUUCAUUUUAAAGCACCUUGACGCACCCAAACGUGUAUUUCUAAGUGUCUUUACUAUUACAGAGACGAUUUGUUUAAAAUUUUGGCAAAACCACCGUCCAAAAAUGGAAAAUACCUGAAAAACUUCUCCGCUAAAGCUCACUAUUAUGUAACAAGAUUGCAUAACUAAGGGUGGAUUUCCACUGGCGCCUUUUUUUUUCUUACUUGCUGAUGCGCGUAAAAAUUAUUUGCGUAAAUAAGAUAGAAGCAAUAGAGAAAUUUAGAGUGACGUUUACGACAACGCGUCAGAUUCAAGUUAGGAAAAAUUCUCAAAAUAGAAAACGUGCAGCCUAAAACAGUCCAAAACAAUUGGUAUAGACAAAAAUACAUUGGGGCUGCUAAUUUUGGGGUAGAAGUAAUGAACAGUGAAGUACAAGUUAAGGGAAAACUUGUUCACCUGGUACAAAUUCACGUUUGCCGUUUGCCGCGAACGUGGCUUUAAAUCUCUCUAAUUUAUGAAAGGUUGAGCGUAAACGUUAAAGUAUAAACUCCUCAACUUUUACCUAUACGCGCGAAAAUUCGUACAUUGCCUCAAUUUUAUUUACGCGCGCGUAAAACUUACGUGCGUACACAUGUAAAAAUUACGCGACAGUGGGAAUCCACCUUAAGCGGGAAAUUAACAUUGCUUUUGUAGAAAACUUCUCUAUGGCGGUGGUCAACCAGGAACGUUAUCUCCCAGUGAAGACAAAUUCCAUAUCACCCAGCACAGCUGACGAACAUCUGGAUAAGCCUCGAGUGCCGAACGUUAAGCCGCAGUUUGAGAUCGGUGACAUUGUCUGGGCGCAGGCUCGUGGCCUACCCUCUUGGCCUGGAAAGGUGGUGGAUGCUAGUGAAGUUGGAAAAGGAAGACCGGACGAUGGAAAGGUAUUAAACAACACAUUUUACCUCGUCGGGCAAGCAACAGUAGGUAGAUUUGGGAAAAGACAAUGCAACGUCAGAGGAAACGGGAAAGCGCGCCGUACUCAAUUUGCCACCCUACCAUCGGUCAGUUCGGUUUUAGACCUGCGCUAAACCGUGAGCGGACGUCCUUUUUCCUCAGGCCACGCGCGGGGAGUGAAAGCAGAAAUAAAAGAAAACUAAGAGACUGCUCGCAGGCUGGCUAGACGUCAUGCCGUCGAGACUUGGAGUCGCGAAUGUGUUUUUCCUUUUUUUUUUUAAUAAAAGAAGACAAGUACCGACAGUUUCUCGUUGCUCUGAUACCCUGAUCGAUAACAGCACCCGACAUAUCGUCGUCUCUUCCCUAAAAACAUAUGACAUAAUGCAUAAAAAAUUAUAUAUGAUAUUAUACGAGUCAUUAAAUAUGUUGUUCUGUACGAGUAGAGAUGUUGUUUAUCAACAGAAGAUCCCUGUUGGGAGACUUAAUCACGUUUAUUGUAUUAUUGUUAUCGCGACGUGUUCCUUCACUUUUUUUUUCUAACUUUUAAUUCCAGCGCUGGGUCAUGUGGUUUGGUGAGAAUACAUAUAGCCAAGUAGAAGUAGACAGACUCAAAACGCUUUCUGACGGACUGAGAACUUUAGAUGAUAAAUCUCGCAAGAAGAAAUACAGGUACAGAUAUGAUAUUUUUUUUUAUAUUUCUUAAGAUUAUAGACAAGAAAAUACAACGGGUGUAAAGCACGGCAAAGCGUAUAUCCUUUGCUUAAUAGCACCGAAUGCGUCGGAAUAGCGCGGCAAAACCCACAACUGUUGCUUAGCACAGGAGCGCUCAACAUGACUCUUUGCCCAGUGAACGAAGCACGGGGGUACCUGACAGUUCCCCAGGGCGGGAAAUCUUACCGUUGUUGUUGAUUGUUUAGAUCCAAACACACUAAGCGAGAUGUCGCUGCAAAACGUCGCGGCAGCAAAUCACUCCUUGUUUACAGGUCGGGUGACAAGUUGCGGGACAGGUUGCAGACACAAAUCGCUUUGAGUUUACUGCAGCAUUUUUAUGAAAAUUUUUGUUUCCGCGAUAGAAUUUUGUCUCCGCAGCAAGUUGCACAAACUCAAUCUGACCUGAUUUUUUUUCGACUAAUUGAGGCGACACGUGCCCAAGGGCCUGUUUACAUGGAGGUGGGGAACCCCAGGUAGGUGGGGUAACCUGCUUAGGUGGGUUAAAAAAAUGUUACAACCCUGCCAUCCCGGGGUGCACUUUUUCAAGAUUAUUGAAUGGUUGCUAAGCACGUAAACAAGAAAAACGUUGGAAAAUCACGUGUUUUGGCGAUUAAUGCUCUUCAACACUCUCUUGCUGCUCUUGCUGCAACCUUCAGUGCUGUGUUUUUCUAUUGUUAUCUUUAAUAGUUAUGCAAAGCCACCGCCAAAGUGUAUUUUGCGCGAAUUUGAUUUGUCACGAAUCCAACCCCGGCUAGACGGGUUACCCCACCUUAAAACGGUUACAUGGCAAAAUUUGACCCCAGCUGACCCCCGCCUUGAAGGUUCACCCCACCUAUCAUGUAAACGUGGUCAUAGUAAAAUGAUAGAUUAUAUGGACAGGCGGGUCACCCCACCUAAGCGAGUUAUCUCACCUACCUGGAGUCCCCCGCCUCCCUGUAAACAGGCCCUAAGUAUCAGGCCUUCAUUUAGGCCAGGGGAGUCGAGAUUGCUCGAUACUGAGGAUAUGUAUACUGGAAAAUUUCUGUGAAAACUAAUCUUUGUUUUCGCAACAGGAUUUUGUCAUCGCAACAAGUCGCAAAAAAUCAAAUUAGACUGAAUUUGUGCGGCUUUUCAGGGUGACAAAAUUCUGUUGGGGAGACCAAGAAUUCACAAGUUCUCCAAUCUGUUUGUCGCUGCGACGUGUCGCCGGAACGUGUUGCCGCAACUAGUCCCCCGACCUGUGCACAAGGUGUGAUUUAUCACCGCCACGUAUUACUGCAACUCGUCGCCUUGUGUGUACCGCCCUUUAAGAAAGCGUGGCUCUUGAAGUUUUAACCAGACGUCACGUUAGAGCUAGCCUAUUACUUUGUGUGUAAUUGUACUUUUGGGGUCAUCCACCAGAUUAGCCUCUGCUAUUUGGAAACUCACUCCUUAUUUAGAGAUAAAAGUUUUAUUCUUUACUUAUCUAAAUGUAUUUAUUUGUCUCUCUUUUUUUAAUCUGUGUCACAUGUAAACGAAGCUGAGUGAAAUAAGUCUUCUUGUCCUCUUACUUCCAAGCGCGCAGGCUACGUUAGAGCAAAACCAGAUUAAACAUAUAGUUAAAUUGCACACCAUUCUAACAAAAGCUUACUUUGUGUUAGAGCCAAGAAAGCAAGGAUUAGCUUAGAACAAGCAAUCAGCGAGGCUUUGGAAGCUCUAGAUAUGGUAAGUGUUGUUCGAAGCGAGGAACUCAGCACUCUUUUAUUUGUGGAUUGAUGGUUAUUUAUGAAAGAUAGACCCGUUUAUAUGUUUGUCCCGAGUGGAAGUGUCACUCGCCUACCCGAGCUACUCUGAGCGAGCCAACUUUUGAUACGUUUCCUUACAAAUCGUGGAGAACCGUUUAUAUGAGAAGCAAAAAGGUGGCUCGUCUAGAACGGUGACCCUUUUAAGAUGGUAGGGUCACCCCUCCUAACCGGCAACGUUUCUUUGUGUAAACACUUUAGCUCCACCAGCAGGGUCAACUCGGUCAAGACGAGCCAAUGAGAGUAUGCGCGAGCAUUCGUUUAGCCAAUCAGAGCUUGCACGAGCGCUUUUGGCUCGGGCAAAGGGGUCAACUCUUUUUCCCAUACAAACCCUCGCUAAGCUUUUGUUGUUGUUGUUGUUAAUGUUGUUUUUCUUUUGUUUUCUUUUUCUUUUUUUUUUUUCGUAGUAGGGAUUGUUCAGAUUGUUUUUCAACUCUCUCUUCCAUUAGAGAAAGGAGCAUAUAAGAGAGAAAGAGGGUUUCAAUAAAUUGUAACUUUUCAAAAGGAGUGGCUUAAUUGAAGGGGGAGGGAUCUUAUUAAUACUAAAACUCCUUUUCUUAUACCUUGUCUUUAUUUCUUCUUUUGAUAUUUUAGAGAGAACGCCUUAGAGGAAGACAAGGUGGGGAUGUAAAUUUAAAACAGUAGUGAAUUAUUUCCAAAAUUAACUUUAUGUCAUUGGAUGAAAUCUUAUAGUUUGACCAUUCAAAUGAAAGUUACUGCCAGCAGUACUUUCCUGUGUUACUGUUUUUAUGCGGUACAAGGUUGUUCUAACUUUUGAGUAUGUGGAUGAAAUCCUUAAGUGUGACAAUUCAAAUGAAAGCUACUGAGCAGUACUCUCCUGUGGUACUGUUUAUUAUUCUGUAAAAUGUGAUUUGAAUUUUUGCUUCCGUGGAUAUGAUAUGACGUCCAUAGCAGUACUUUCACAGUGUGCUAUUUGCUUUUCUAGAUAGCGAUUUCUCUUCAGUUUUGCUGCUUGCUAUUUUCCGAAGUAUAAGUUUAAACUAAGUAAUGAGGAAGGUCUGAAGUAUUUGGAAGUAAGAAUAAGCAACUUACAAAGGACUGUUUACCUAUAACAUUCACGGGAUUUUGACCGUUAUUAUGAAACUUGAAGAUCACUUUGAAGCUUCGUAUCCUUUCGCUAUUUUUUUUUUAAGCUUUUUGCUUUUUGUUUUCGUUUUUGCUUUAGGGGCAAGAUCCAAAACCAAGAAGAAGCGACUAAGAUGACGUCACACCAUGCAUAGAACGCCAAUGCAAACAGACAUGGAAUUUGCGAAUGUAUUUUAUAUUAUCUUAGUACAGUAAUAUAUUGAUCGGUUAAUGCUAAGCAUAGUUUAGGGUUUAGUGUACGUUGUAAAUAUAUUUGGAUAAAAAGACUUUAUCCCAUAAUUUUUAGGGAGGGAAUCUUAUGCUCUCAUCUCUCCUACAUCAUUUUUUUACCAGAUAAAGAAAUAUUCACUUGUGCAGAUUAGAAAGCGCCACCUACAAACAGCCGGUCAGAUAAGGGCCGUUUUGAAAAGCGUGAGUCAGUUAACGAGUCUAGGAAACUGUUCACAUACCCCACAGUGUGGGGGCGGGGAGCAUUGCGUUACUCCGGGCCGAGCGGCUGCGAAGGAGACUGACCCCUCCCCUGUCCAAACGUUAACAGUAACCUUUCACUUUGGGCAAAAUGUAGGGUUAGGGGAGGGGUAGGUGGGGUAGAUGGGAAGUUCCCCCAAUCUUACGUUAAUGCGAAAGAUUUGUAAAGCGUUUUCUUGUUGCGAUCACCAAAUGACCUAAUACAAGAAUAGAUUGAAAAAUGCUGAACAAUACCCACACAAGAAGGCUAACCAGCAUCAAUUUUCGCAACACUGAGAAACGCUAUUCACUCAAUUUGAUAGCCUGAUUUCAUGCCUUCCUUAGGGUUUAGGAGAGAGGAGAUUUUGAAGGAGGGGAGGGGGAAGGGAAGAAGGAAGGCCUGACACAAAUCAAAUUUAGAUAGAUAGGUAAAGUUUCUCUCUCUUUACUGUCCCCCUUUUUGCUUCUAUCUGCUCUUCCCCUCGCCCAAAAAACACCUGGUAAAAAAUACUUGUGACAUAUGCCCCUUUAAAAUCAUUGUCAAAUCUUCUUCUUUAUGUCGCAGCCUAGUUCUCCAGAUAUUGAAAUCACACCUCAGAUUUCUAUCGGAACUGUAUUCCCAUCCUUUGACAACAAUGGAUGAUUUUUAUUACUUGUUUUUAUCAGAUAAGCUCUCAUAACCAAUACUCUAUCUUAAAUAACCUUUAUACUUUACUAGAACGUCGGUAUUGGAUUGGGAAAGGCAAAGGCCCACCUGAUGAUCCUCCUCAUCUGCUGCCACUGAUCAUUCAGCGCGAAGAUCGCCGAGCUUGCUGCUCAUGUAAAAUAUCCGUAUACGUCCUCUAAAAAUCUUGAUAAGCUCCCUCUUUUCCCCAUGAGACACUGUCUAAGGUCGGAAUACAAUAGCAUUAAAGUUUUAAUGUCAAAAUUUCCAACUUAUUAUUUCAUAUGGGACAGUUAGAGUGCUCUACUGAGGUUUAGAUUUCAGUACUGUAUUAAUAAUGAUGAUUUUUUACUUGCUAUUCCUUUCGUCUAAGUGAAGAUUGAAAACGUUUCCCCCUUUCUAUUUAACCGUCUCCCCUGUAGAAUUCUUAAAAAUAAAUACCCUUCUCCCACCCCACCCUUUCUAGCCUGUGUACAGACCCUCUCCCCCCCCUCCCUCAGGAAAAAUCGCAAAAUUGUUCCCAUACACGAUUAGCGACGGUGAAUCGCAGACGCCCCUUCUCCGACUUUUCCUGAGGGGAAGCGGGGUCUGUACACAGGCCACACCCUUACUAGUCCUCAAUAGAUACAUUUAAGGUAACUUAUGCCCCAUUUAUGGGGAGAAAACUUGUCCCCUUGCUACCCUGGGCGGAUCAACUUUUCUUCAUUUUUCCUACCAAACUUGGCGAACCAUUUACAUGAAAAUUUGUCUCGGCUAGAAUGGUGAUCCGCCUUGCCGGGUAACCCUUUUUCCAUGGUAGCGUCGCCCUUCUUAGCGGCACCAACUUUUCUCCAUAUAACUCGGUCAAGGCGAAUCAAUCAGAGUACGUGCGAGCGCAGUUGGCUCAGGCAAAGGGUUCAACUUUUUUUUUUUAUCAAAUAAACGCUGAGGUUGCUUGCCAGCUUUCGGAACUGGAGAGCCAUACCAGUCCAGUGUUAAAAAGAAUUCCACUAUUUAUUUGGACUAUUACGCCAAAAGGGUUUGGGGCCAAGUUAACUUUCGCAAAGGCUUCUGGGUUCGUUACUGGGGACGCGCCGGUCACCUAUUGGCCAAUUUUUCCACUGUCCCCAGUCACCGUCCCAGAAGUCUUUGCGAACGCCACUCUAGAAACGAGAAAGAAACUGAGCCGAGUUAACUUUCGCAAAGGAGUCUGGGAUCGUUAUUGGGGACGUGCCGGUCUACUACCCCCAGUCACCUUCCCAGAAGUCUUUAGAAGUUAACUCGCCCCAGUUUCCUAUUAAAGUGGCGAAUUGCGACACAAUUCU